AUGGACAGUCGUCUGGAAGCACUAAUUAACAGGAUUUUCCAAAGAAAUCUAGACAAGAAUGAGCUUCUGUAUGUCAUCGGCCUCGCGUUAGAUACUCGUCGCAUCGAUAUGGUUGAAAAGGCGAUUACCAAGAGUGCUGAGUCGCACGUUCUUCUGUUGGAAACAAUACAGAAAGUUACUAGUGCCAAGAUGGACGUUCAGCUACGUACUCAGCUACUCGACGUACUCGUGAAGUUGUUCACCAGCAACAAACAUGCCGAUUUUGUUGCUAUCUGUCAGAAUGAGCUUCUGUAUGUCAUCGGCCUCGCGUUAGAUACUCGUCGCAUCGAUAUGGUUGAAAAGGCGAUUACCAAGAGUGCUGAGUCGCACGUUCUUCUGUUGGAAACAAUACAGAAAGUUACUAGUGCCAAGAUGGACGUUCAGCUACGUACUCAGCUACUCGACGUACUCGUGAAGUUGUUCACCAGCAACAAACAUGCCGAUUUUGUUGCUAUCUGUCAGCACGUUAUUAGUAAAUCGAGUAUUUCGUAA